GUUUCUUUUUGGAGCAGUUUCGCAUUUCGCGCCAGCCAGUUUCGCCCGUCAAGCGUUCUGGCGAGUAGUGCGCUGAGUGCGCCGAACAAAAAAAGGAAACCUGAAAAAGCUGCAGCAGCAGCAUAUUAGCGAGAUUCUUUUUGUUAUUUCUACGCCUAGAGCCAUCGUGUGCCCCCCACCACCUUGAGUUCUGAAGACUUCAUCGUUCCCCACUUCUUUUUCUUGCAAACCUCCGUCCUCUGGAUUAUUCAGGAUGGUGAUCAAAGUGUACGUCUCCGGCAUUUCAGCGAGCAAAGAGGUCAAGAAGAAGCAGCAGAGGGCACUCAUGAUCCUUCAGUCCAUCAAGGUCCCGUUCAAGUCCAUCGACAUCACGGAGCCAGGCCAGGAAGAAGCGAGGGACUUCAUGAGGGAGCACUGCAAGAAGACAGAUGCCGGGGGUUGCACACCCCCACCCCACUUCUUCAGCGGCAACGACUAUUUAGGGGACUACGACGACUUCGACCAAGCAACGGAGGAAGACAAGCUGAUCACCUUUUUGAAGUUGGAUCCCGCGGAAUACAAUCUCAAUGGAUCUAACGUCGUGCCAGAGGGUCUCGAGCCCAUCGCAGCAACAGGCGACAAAGGUGAGGACGCAGUGCCUAGCGUUGUUAACGAUGCCGAAGCGACAGACGACACGGUAGAGACGAAGGACGCGGAAGGAACGGGCGAGGGAGACGAAGCUCGGGAAGACGAAGAGAAGAUGGAAAGCGAGAAGGAAGAAGCGGACGAAAAGGAGAAGGAAGACGUAAAAGAAGACGAAGCUGAGGAAGAGAAGAAAGAUGAAAAAGGAGACGAGGAAAUGGACGGAGAGGAAGCCGCCAAGCAGGCCAGCGACGAAGAGGCCGUCAAAGAAGGCAGCGACGAAGAGGUUGUCAAAGAAGCCGACGACGACGAAGAAACGGGGCGAAAAGAAGCAGCCGAAGACGAGGAAGAUAAAGAAGAGUGACCCAUGCUCACGUCUGAGGAGGACGCUUGGCAAAUUUAGUAUCGGACUGGACGAGUUGCAUUCACAGAAGCAGAGCAAAUGAGAGUGGUCGCCUAUGGGUCCACUCUCAUUUGCUCUUCUGGAGAAUCUUUCAUGCUUUAAAGGGCAAAGGGGCUGCAAGUCGUUUGCGUGUGACCUGCAGUUGGACAGUGUGUGUGUUUGGUUCUUUGCCAUUGAGUUUGAUUUGUUAUCAAAGUGAGCCGCGCUGUUUAAAGGGCUCCUCUUUUGCCUGGCUAUGCAUUAUAUUCGCGAUCUAAGUGCUGCCCAGUGGACGGCACCCCUAACACAUUUGAUUGGUAGUCACUUGCAUUUUGCUCAUUCACCUAGGGACAAACGUUGGAACUAUUGGCACAUUGAUCUGUGUGACGUAAACUUGCGCGUUAACUUCCGGUGCUCAUUGCUAGUCUGAGCAAAGUGCAAGUGACCAGCAAUUAAAUGUCUAUCAAUGACAUCAUGCUUUUUCUUUUUUUUUGGGGGGGGGGGGGGAUGUUGUUGUGCGUCACCUUUUAACCAGUAGCACCUACUUCACUGGCCCCCAUUUUAUUGACAUCUCAAUUCAUAGAAAACACGCCUGAACAAUUUCACGUUGAACAGUUUGUCGCUAGGACGUUUGUAAGCAACAAUAUCGGCAGAUUAUUGGAGGGACAUUUAUCCAGUGUCCACAAAUCAUUGAUAUUCAAGAAGGAAGGUCUCAGCACUGCACUUUGUAGAGUCUCUGGGACGGGAUGCGUUUCCCCAAAUGGUGGCCAUAAAGUGGAUAACGAGGGGGUCCAAACACAAGAGAGAUCAAAACCUUUCCUUGUAAUGGGCAAAGAUGCGACAGACUUGCACAGGACAUAAUGAUGAAUAUCAAUUACUUUUGUACUAGCUACGGUAUAAAUUCCACGAGACAAAUCUCAAGGGGAACUACAAACCCAAGAUGUGCUGACAACAGCAAUUCCGUUUUGUUCUGGGACUGGUCUCCGAGUUCUGAAGGACACUCCCAGUACUGCCCGUUUCAAUGCACUUGCAGUUUGAAUUCCCACACUUUGGGCAAGGUUAUGUCGGGUAAAAUAAUUAUGUAUUAACAAGCAUGUUUUGCGUGUUUGAGUAAUCGGUUUGGGGAGUAUAGUUGCAACAAAAAUGUUGGAGUAGUGAGAUUUUAACAUGUUUUCAAUGAAAUGGCUGGCCCAUGAACAGUGUUAAUGAAAUAAUUAUCAGCACCACUGGAUAUUCCCUUUUCACUCGCAUUUUACUCAGCAUGUUAGCAAUGAGCACCGCAAGUCUAUCGCGCAAGUUUUCCUCUCUGCACACAGUGUGCUCCAGUAGUUCCAAUGAUUGUCUCAAAGCCAUGCAAGUAAAAUGUGAAUGCCCAGUGGUUAUGUAUUUAGUCACACUACCGGCGUUGCAGUGUUCAUGCCGAACCAGUUGUGAAGUUGCUACUGGAGAAGGUGAUGCCAGCAAAGAUAGGAGUGGGAAUGUUACUGAUAAUGGCAGAAAGCACUUCUGGGCACCGGAGAGUGGUUGCCUUGCCUUUUCUACUCUGAAACUUAUAAAUACAUACCCUAAUGUUACUGCAUCUUUAUAGAAGAGUAUUUUUCUCUUUAAAGCUUAGCAGAUAAUACUAUCACAAAUCUAAAUUGGUGCCUCUAGUGGUGAUGACCCUUACAGUGCAACAUUACCGAGUUAGGUUUGGCAGCUUUCAAUAUGUUUAGUUAUUCUCCAACCUUAGUAUGUAUACUUUUUUUUUUAACCAGCAUGUUGAAGCAAAUUAUCAGAACAGCAGUGCCAGAAUACCAGUACAAUACGACAACCAGAAAUGGCAUUAUGCUAAGUUUAUAUCCACGUUUGAAGAUGUGUUAAAGCUUAAUUUUCUUUCCUGUCUUCAGAGGAUGUUUCCCUUUGCAUAGCUAAAAUUGUUUUCAAUAAAAUUUGUGUGCCGAAAUAAUCUUCCUCAUUAGCAGUUUUUGGAGUUUAAAAAAUGGAGUUGCAGUUAUCCGUUCUAACCCAGUUUGAUUUUGCCUUCUUUUGCAGCAUGAUGCUUGUGCACCCAUCCAAGGCUUGCUUGAUUACCACUGCCUGAGAUUGUUCCGUCGUCACAUCUGCCAUGUUGUUUGUGUGCGUGUUGCAAGAAAUUCUUUUAUAUUUCGAGGAAUGCCUUGUGUCAUAAAUACAUGACUUGUUGCUUACUAACCUCUAAAAAAAUGCAUCCUAUACAUUUCCUCCUGGAAAAGUUUCUCACAACUUGUUUUUUUUUUGUUUCCCUGUGAAUAACAAGCACGUAAGGGCACCUUGAUAGUGUAAUGUAUUGACUAUAAAGUUUUAGGCAAGGCAUGAAUGCAUUCUGACUGCUCAAUGUGUUUUGGCGUAGAUUCUGAACCGUCUACAUGCUUUACAGGUGCGACAUGCUGCAAGUAAGCAAUAGAUUGUUGUUGACAGGUGGAUCCAGAAUUUUUUACGAUGGGGCAGAGAGUAAGCAUACAAGUCCGUGGAAGUGUGCUUCUAUUGCCAAGAAUGCAUUUUCAUUGGAGUCACCAUGACUUUUAUUUUCUUUACCAGCUUGUAAGAAUAUUUUACAAAUUUUUUUUUUUUAACCCUACUUUUGCUGGAUUUUAUUAAAUUGCAGUGCUUGAAACAUUGGGGGAGAGGGGGGGGGGGGGGGGGCACAUUUGACUUGAUUUUUUUAAAACUACCCUAAUUCUCAAUAAAUCCACCAAAUUUUCCUGCUAACAGUUUAGCAGGAAAGUUUGGUGGAUUUAGGUUUUAUUGAAAACUUCCAGCUUUGUUCAGCACACGGCAUGGUAAACAGCUUACUGUUUGCCUUGAGUAGGUACGUCUCUGUCACAUCCUGUCAAUUGUGUACAGCUUCACGUAAGGUUUCUGGAAGCACUGUGUUCGCUAGUUGGUUGUGCCUUGCCCUUGCUUUAUUUAUUUCUUUGUUAAUCUAUUUGACUGAUGUAUUUGCCGACACUUGUUUCACCCUAGCAGCCAUUGAUGAUCAGAAAUUGUUGAGCUUUCAGAGUGUGUGAUUAUACAUUGUUUGGCAGGAUUGUCCAUAUGCUAUUUACAGUAUGUUAAUGUGCACAUUCAUGCACAGUUGCAGAUUUGAAAAAAGUUUGCCUGUUUCUCUUUUUGCUCCUUCUGUGGUGGUGGAAACUGCGCGCUGACCUGUGUGAUUGUUUACACGGUUUCCAAGAUGAAAUCUUAACAGUGCAAAAUAAACUUUUUUUGGUUGUAAAAAA